AUGAAGACAAAAGCUAAUAACACUGACUACAAGGACAGAUAUGGUGAAAAUGAAAGACACAAGAUAAUGGAAAAAUCUUCAACACAAUCCUUAACAGGUAAAUCAAAUGAGAAGCACGUGUCAAACAGGAUUACUGAUCUGCGUGUUGUAAAUAAUGGUGACAGUGGCAGGGGUCAUGGUGACGGAGACGGAGGCAAAAGUUUAUCUGUUCAGAGUAGAUCCAACUCUGGUGAACAGAAUCUAUCCAAUAGUCGAAAAACAAACAGUAAUAAUACAAAUGAAAUGACGAGUGAACACAAAUCUGAUGAAUUGUUUUCACCAGUUAAAGAAUAUUCUAAUCACAGUGAACAAGUAAUUUUAAGUUCAAAUAUUUCAAUUACUAAGAAUUUAACCACAAAUAACAGAAAACUUGAAGCUGAUACGAUGACGAAUUCCUUAAAUGCGAACAAGUCCUCUCCAGUUAUACAGCCUAUUUCAAACAUAGCAAAAAAUGAGAAAUUCAUUGAAAUGUCUGCACAAGGUGAUGAUCAGCGGACAAGUGUACCAUGUGUUUUAAAAGAUUCUGAUAUUUGUUUAGUGACAAAUGAAUUAUUUAGUCAGUCUGUGUCGGUUUUAGAAGAUUUCAAUGUACCCUUGGAAAGAAACUGUAAUAAUUAUACAAAAAUAACUGAUUCUUCUGGAACGUAUCUUAUCGAUCCACUGAAAUCAGGUAAUCAAUGUCAUAAUGAUAUGUAUGCAUACUGCGCAGAUUAUGUGACAAGUAAACCUUCAUGUGAUAACGAUAUUUCAGUGGAUCACUUAUCAUCUACCUGUAAAAUAGUAUCUUCAAUAGACAUUCCAUAUCAGCACAUGCAAGACAAUAGUGAAUCGAAUUUGUCAUACGAUAUCGCCGCUGAAGCCUAUUCAACACUAACCUGUCAGCUGGUGGUUGAUGAUGAGAAAAAAAAUGUUUCAGUGGCAGUAAUAGUAGUCGGUACUGAAGGGGGAGAAGAAGUGAAGUCUGGAGGAAGAAAGGAUGAAGUCAUUUUCCAGAUAAAUAAUCCACUAAUAACGGAGAGAACAAAUCAGCUAGCUGAGAUGAUGAAUUCAAUUCAAGCAUUUACAAAUGACACAAUAACUUCAAUUGAGAAUAAGUUAUCAGCUGAAAGAAAUACAAUGAAUAUUUAUCAAUUCGCAUCCAGUGAAAUUAAUCACAUUUUGGUGAAUAUCAUUGAUAGAGUAAAACAGAAUGGUGAUUCAUUGACACCUGAAUGUAUAGAUGCGGUAAACUACCUACAUGAAAAAUUAACAAAUAUAACUGAUAACGCAAAUGUAUGUAUGAGCACAAAGUCACCAGUGACGCAUACUUAUGAAAAUCAGAUGAGUUUAAACAAAUUCAAUGGUUCAAUGGAACAAAAACAACAACAACAACAAGGGCGUGGUUCUUUACUAUCUACUCAACAACAACAACAACAACAAGAAAAAUUUCAACAGAAUAAUGAUAAUAUAAACUUUCCCUUGGAAAAACAAUCAACUUCAUCUAUCACUUCAGUUGAUACAACAACCCAAUUCAAUUCGCUAUUGACACCUUUAACGAAGAAUGAUGUUCAGUUAAGUUUAAAUCAUCAAAAUAGUUUACAUUCUAAGAACAUUUCAUUAUCUAUGGAGGGAAAUUUAAAUUGUGAAAAUCAAUAUUCUUUCAACAGAAUACACAGAGAUAAUAAGCUACCAUAUGAAUUAACCCCUGUUGUUGAAGAAAAGCCAACAGUUUUCAACUUUCAAUACAAUGAUAGUGUGUCAAUGACUCACAGAUGUAAUGAUAAUGAUAAUGAUAAUAAUAACCGUGUGAAGCAAACUUCUCAAAACAAGGAAUCAGAGGAAACGUGUAUAACCUUAGUACAGAGUGAUCAGAGCUUACUAUCUGACCAGUUGUAUGUAGUUGAUGGGAUUAAGCCAGAGGCAGCAGGUUCGAACGAUGGGAAAUGUCAACAGGUAUGGUAGAUCAUCUUUCUUGAUUGGUUAAUUCAUAAUGUUUUAAACAACUGCGAUUAGCGAACACAUAAUAUUCUUCACUAUAUAUCUUCAUCUUCAUUUAUGUUGUAAUUAACUUUCAGUCACUAAGAGCAAUAGAUUAAAGUUCAAAAUAUCCUGUAGAUGAUAGUAUACCUUAGAAAGUAAUAUUAAACUGAAUAUAUGAAUUUAUGGAUUUGUAGGUCCCACAGCAGGCCACGGGUAACACAAUAAUAGUUGGACUUUUUUCUUUUGCACACACACACACACAUUCACACGCAUACAGUUCCAGUUGUGUUCAGAUGAAUUCCAAUAGCUUCCUGUGUUUCCAAUAUUCAGCAUUUGGAGGCUUUUCGUGAAUUCUUCAAUACUCAACAGUUCUUCAAUGCUAGAUUUAGGACAAGUAGUUUUAACUACUCGACACUGGUAGGUAUUCCCCUGCACAAAAAAACUGAGUUUCUUAGAGUGACAGACAAUAUAACUGGUUGCAAAAAAGCAGCUGAAUUUAUAAUAUACAAGAAGGGGCUAGCUAGCUUAGGUACUUCGUCAGUCAGUUCGAGGUACGAAUAUAGAUUACAAGAGCCUUAGAAAUUAUACAGGGUUACAACGGAUUACAGGUGUAUAGAAAUUGAGCACGGAAAGAAAAAUUGCAAUAAUAAUUUUAACUUGAAAUGAAAGUUAGGAGGUGUGAGUAUAGAUUACAAAAGCCUUAGAAACACAAAAAUUGCACACAGUUUACAGUUUACAAUUUAUUUA